AUGAAAACCGUUUUUGUUCUGUUGAGUUUGUUCGUAUAUGCAAGCAAUAAAACCAUUGCAAGUGAUCUUCAUCUAAGGAGACAAUCUUCAGGCAACCUUAUAUCCAUUUUGGCCAAUGGCAUUUCGGACGAUAUAUAUAAAAACAAUGCACAUCUAAUAUGCACAGAUGCUAGAGAAACUAAGCAAGCAGAAGAAAUGAUGAAAGAAGCUUAUGAUGAUAUCGUCAAAAUAUUAUGGGAUCCCAAUGGUGCCCAACAGUUCGAUGGAAACUUUAUUAAUGGGAAAUUUGUCCGUAUAUACAGCCCCAAUUUAGUAAUGGUUCAACUUCGCUCCAGAAGUCUUGUAGGACUAGCCCAAGAAUAUUUAUAUGCUUUAGCUCACAAAGUUAAAGUAUCAGAAAAUGAAACUAUAAUUGUUCAUGCAUCAGCAAAUAUAAAUGAUCACAACGAUACUUAUGAAUAUGGUUAUAGAAACGCAAUUUUAGAAAGUGCAAAUUCAUUCCAAACCGAAAUUGAAUCCGAAGAGGAUAUUAGAAAUGGAGAGAUUGUAAAAACAUAUAUUAACUUAUUUGGAUGUAUCAUUAAAAAAGAAGAUGAUUGUGUUAAUCUUACUUGUGUCAACUCUAUUGAUGUUGAAUCUCCCAAUAUGGAAGACCUUAUUCUUAAAGUGGUUAAAGCAACAAAAAUGGCAGCUCUUACCAACUUAAAAAAUAUAGUUGAAAAUAGUUAA